AUGUUGCUUUUACUUGUAUCGAUUUUAGAAAAGUGUCGACCAAAGGAGCCCGAAUUAACUUUAGUGUUAGGCGGAGAUUAUAAUGACUUUCUUAGACAAAUGUUUUUCAAUAUGACACCGGUAGCGCUGAUAAAUGAAACGGAUUCUCGAUUUGAUGCCCUCGAGAAAUUUGCCAUGACAAGAUACUCCUAUCUAAUGUUACAAAGUUACAAUUUCGUUCAUUUUCUUCGAAAGGCGCAUCGUUUUGUGGUAGUAGCAUCUUCUCAACCUAUCCUGCGAUCUCUAUUACAGAGAAUAAAGGACUCGCCAUGGGCAAAUUCAGAGGGAUUUUAUAUCCUGGUCGACAGGCAGACUGAGACUCGAGGUUGUAUAAAUGCUCAUCCGUAUCUCUGGACAGCUUGGCAAUAUGACAUGCUCUCGGUCAUAUUUAUAUGCCUAGAUCCGGAUGAUAAUACUGUUCUUUACACAUAUAAUCCAUACUCGAACAGCACGCCAGAUAACUGGUACGAAGUAGGAUACGUCGACGGACGAGAGGGUCAUCCUUGGAUAAUAUUGAAGAGGAAAUUCAUAAACAAUGACGAUAUAUGUAUAAAUCUGGAUUUUGAUAAAACGAUUACUCUGAACAAUUACGAGCUUCGACUAAAUGUGAUUGAAAUGGAACCGUUUGUCAAAGUUAAUUUGAGUUUACCUGACAAGAAGAAAUUUCGCGGCGACAACAGUGAGAUCAUCCAAAUACUCUUGUAUAAGCUAAAGGCCAAUCUCAUGGUUUACAUUUCAAAUGACACUCCCGAUCAGCUGGGCGAUAUAGGAUCGAACGGUACUUUUGAAGGUUUGCUGGCCCCUGUGAGCGAUGGUAGAAUAGACGUAGCUAUGAAUGCAAGAGCUUUGGUUUCAUUGUGGAAAAUCAGACAUACAUACCCUCAUACGAGAUCAGGCCUCUGCGUGAUUGCGCAAGCAAAGAAUGAGCUCUCCGAGUUCAUGAAGAUAAUAAUGUUUCUGUCACCGGAAGUAAUGGCGGGAUUAAUCACGAUAUGUCUACUCACUUAUGCAAUUUUUACGCGAAUCGUGGGAUAUAUAAAAGCCGGACUAGAAGUGAUAAGACUCAUAAGCUGCGUAGGAUUUUUACAUUUGCCGAAAGUCGAUUCCACCAGAAUCUUCAUAUGCAUGGUGUUUAUUUUGUUCAUAAACAUAAAUGCUAUUUUCGAAAGUCACUUGUCAUCCUUGCUCACCUUACCGGUUUAUCAUCGUAAUAUCGACAGCAUAGAAAGUCUCAAGGAUGCUGGUUACACUUUAUACGGACCAUCGUUCUUCAACAACACGCUUGGCGAUCCCGUGCUUCAAUCGCGCUACAGGAUCGCCUCGUACGAUGAUUGUAAGGAGCAUGUCGAAAAUUCGUCGACCGCCGUAUGCGUCGGCGACUGCUACCACUUGUAUUACAGAAUCAAAGGUCAAAAAAAUCUCAUUAAAUCAAGAAUGCUGCGUGAGAUGAUACAAUCGUACGUCACCCGCGAAGAUUGGCCGCUGUAUCAACGGCUGAACGAUAUUAUACAACAGAUGAUGCAGGCCGGUUUGAUCAAGAAAUCUCGAGACGAAGUUCUCUCGGGGAUACAGCGCCAGAGAAAGAGAACAACCGCUUUAUACAGGAAAGGUUUCCAUGUGAUGUUACUGAAGCAGCUGGCGUUCAGUUUUUAUUUCCUUGUAUUUGGAUACGCUGUCGCAAUUGUAAUCUUCGCGCUGGAGAUGAUAAUCGGUGGCUCUGUUCCCAUAUGUCAAAAUUGGAAAGCGAUCGAGCAGAGAAAAAAGAACACGGAAAAGAUGAGAGGAAAAGCUGUAAUGAACAGUAAACUCUCGAUAUCAACUUGGCGUUAAAAAUAUCAAUUUAGUAGAUGAACGAGAGAUUCUUCAGUGAAGAAAUAAAUUGUCUGAAUAUUUUAUUAAUAUUACAUCGAUAGAGAACGAAAAUCGAGAACGAUCUACGUCGAAUGAAGUUUAAUUCCAAAUCUCUCACAUGUCAAAAGAAUUGGCAAAAUGUUUAUAUCGAAAUAGGGGAUGAAGAAGAAAAUCAGAUUUGCUGUUUAUUUAUGUCGAUUACACGAUACACAUUGAAGCAAAUUGCAGAAAAUAGGAAAGAAGGAAAUAGAAUAGAUGGAGGAAUGUGAGCAAGGUAUGAAUCGCAAGUACUCUCCUUAAUUUGGUCAAUAUUUUAUUUUAUUCCUUCAUUUUAGUUUAAACAAUUUGUUCAUUCGGGAGAUUCCCCGUAAAAUGAAUAUGAUAUAGUAAAUAUGUUCCUUUUUACAAUUUAUACCAUAUACACAAAUG